GGAUUGUCUAGGAAAUGGUGCUGUAAACGUUGAUGAAUUCCAAACAAUACUGUCACAUACAUGUAGCAUUCAAAUGACAGAUGAACAACUUGUUGCUAUUAAAGAUAUUCUUGGAGAGCAAGAUGGAAGUUAUGUUUCCUACAUAAAACUCGUCUGUUUAUUGCAGGAUAGGCCAAUAACAAGUGAACUGAAAGGAGAGGUAGAGAAACUGUCUCCUCUUAUCAACAUCCAUUUCCGUCCAGACAGACAAAGAUAUAUAGAAAGCUGCAGAGUUGAUGUUUCCAAAUAUGGUUAUGCAAAACGGCAACAAUCUCUGCAAGAGCUGCGUUUUAGAAUUAAUGAGCUUCUACAAAACAAAUUUCACCUGUUCUGUAAAGUUUUCAUCGAUGUCUGUAGAAAUGAUGAGUGCACUGCAGAUAAAGAAAAGCUGGACACGAUCUUACAAAGAUUGAACAUUGUACUUCUCCCACCAGAACUGGAGAAACUUUGGUACAGUUUACCUAUUAGCUAUCCUGUUGAAGCUAUUUCAUUGUCUAAAUUUCUUCAUCAUUUUAGCAAGCUUAAACCCCCAAAAGAUAUAGGCAAAGCGGAAGAUAAUCCAGUAGUUCAGAUACUUACUAAACUAAGGGGCCAAGUGGUACACCACUGGAAGGAUGUAAAGUCUGUCUUGAAGGCAAGAGAUCCCCAAGGUACAGGACAAGUACCAGUCAGAGAUAUUUAUGCACUUUUAGUAACACUAAAUUUCCAAAUUCUACCAUCAGAGAUCAAUAUGCUUUGUAAGGCAUUUGACCUACACAUGGAUGGACAAUUCCAUUAUCUUUCAUUCCUGAAGUUUUACACAAGGAAACUUGAAAGGAAACAAAUAUGAAAUAAGAUCAAUUAUUCCCUGCUUAGUACAGUUAAAAAUACAUUUUGUUCAAGUAGCUGAAGAUGCUUGGUUUCCUUAGCAUUUUCUCAUGUCGCCCUGUAAUCAUCCAUACUUGUUAAGCAUCCAUGUACUGCAGUCUCAGCACGUCUUUUAGCACUUUCUGGUACUUCUUUCAGGAUGAUGAAUAAAGUCAUGAAAUCAUCACAUUUUAACAAGUGUAACUGUUUGUAUAUCACAGGUGUUAACAUCUUUCUGGAAAGUAAUAUUUUGCAUAAUUUUUCAAAAAAUAAAGUAAAAUAUGUUUUCAUGU